AUGCGGAUCAUGCGUACGCUGAUUCAGGGGCCGCUCGUAGUGGCCUCGCUCGCCGUAGGGCUGGCUUCGGCCGCGGCGCUGCUGUCACCGUCGGCGAACGACUUGAGCUUGGCCAGACGCAACAAGUCGAAUUUUGAGGCAGAAAUCAAAAAAAGAGAUUCGUAAGUACUAUAUGCUUCCAGUGGCACCAACCUGAAAGGCCACUAACUGACGUGGACUGUGCCAAAAUGUGCCACCACUGCAGCUGCACCACGAGUUCGUGCCCACAGGUCGCCAAUGCGGUCAGCACUUGCGACUCGUCUGGGGCGUGCGACUUCACGUGCGGCCCUAAUCUCCUCAAGGACAGGGACGAGGGCAAGUGCGAAUGCAUUUUGGAAGGUUGCCCGGCCGUCGGUAAUAGUACCAGGUUCUGCAACGCUUCCGGCACAUGUGACUUCACUUGCAACGGCGGCCGGAAGAAGGUCGGCGACCAGUGCGUGUGCGACACCGAAGGGGGAUGCCCGUCGUGUACCCCAAGCAUGUGUCCCAUCGUCCCCAAUGCGAUCUCCUCGUGCACCUCCUCCGGCAUGUGCAACUUCAACUGCACUCGAGGUCUUAUCAGGUUCGCCGGGAAGUGUAACUGCAACGAAUACUUUUGUACGACAAGCGCCUUCGACAAUGCGUCUAAUGCGUGGUGCAAUAACGACACGGGUUCAUGUGAUUUUGCUUGCAACUCCGGCACCAAGAAGGUCGGCGACAAUUGUGUGUGCGACGUCGCGCAAUGCUCCUCAAUGACCAACGUCGCUUCGAGCUCUUGCCCAUCCGCAAAUGCGCCGUGUGACUUCGACUGCGCUGCUGGAUUCAAACGAGACGGUCGUCGAUGCGUGUGCGAUGACGAUCAAUGCCCCCGGGUGCCCCACGCCGCCUUCAACUUCUGCAACGAUUCGGGUACUUGUGACUUUGAUUGCGCCGAUCGAUUCAUCCAAAAGGAUCGCCAGUGCGUUUGCGACCCCGCUCGCUGCACCGAUGUCGUCCCCAACGGCGCGAGCGUCUGCAACUCCGACGGGUCCGGAUGCCACACGACUUGCAACGUCGGCUUCAAAUUGGCCUUUGACCAGUGUGUGUGCGAUGUGGCCCAGUGUCCCUACAUUACGAACUCUAUCGUAUUCUGCGAUCACUCGGAAGCGUGCGCAUUCGAGUGCUAUCCGGGUUACCGGAAGGAAAAUGGUCAAUGCGUUCAGGGCUCGUGAGUGUUUCGAGUUUCGGUUUCAAAAGAAGGUUACGGUGAGCUCCUCGCUAACCACGUCCGGCUCAGUAACGUCGGGGCAACGCUGUGCCGCGUGAACAAGUGACCCGUCAUCGCAAAUGGAAGGCGCAUCUGCAACAGCUCUGGAAAGUGCGACUUUACCUGUCUGGACGACUUCACCAAGUCGAACGGGAGAUGUGUGCGCACGGCGUGCACUAAAGCGUCUCAGUGCCCGGCGGUAGCCAAUGCGUCGUCAAUCUGCUCCAGACGUGCGUGCAGCUUCGAGUGCAAGAAGGGGUUCAGGAACGUUAAUGGGGCAUGUGUACCCAAGCCGUGAGUACCAAACUUUCCCGCUGUGCAUUUCUACUAGCUUGGACGCAAACUGAGUCUUUGUUAGUCCUUGUAGUGCACCCUGCACCAAGAAGUCAAUCGCCCUCUACCAGGGCUACCAAAGUGGGAAACGCGGCCAGCGACCCGUGACGGUUACCUCGGUUGAGGCGUGCGCAGCAUACUGCGUCUCGCGCAAGUGCGUCUCGUUCGACUUUUACCACACGAACCAGUGCGAGAUCCAGAUGGGGGGAGGUAGCUUCGACCGGUUCGGGUCGGCCAAGCGUGUAGUGCAUGGGGUCCCGGGCAAGUGUUCAGAUUUCACCGGAUCGAUUCCGAUCAAGGCAGCUGGAAAGGCAUGCUCCAAUCUGCAGGUGUGGUGA